UUCAAGCUGUUGCUGUGCAUGUAUCUUGUAUCGAGAUGUUGCUAUCAUUGCCAUCUGUCAAAUUCACAAAAAUCCUAGCCGGUUCACUAUCAAAAUUCCCAUCUAAAAACAUUUCCAUUUCCAUAUUACCAAAGUAUUUCCAUCUGACCCAAGUAAUGUCUGGAGAAGCAACAAAGAAACUACGAGACUUUGGGUAUGCAUUCAACAAAGAGGGAAAGCUGCGAAAAGUGAACCCAGCUACUGGCAAACCUGGUGAUGAGCCAUUUCAGUUCGACGUCUUUCCAGAUUAUGCACAAAAUCAAAGACACUACGAAGAGCUGGCCAAUUGCAUUCCAGAUAUUGUGUAUGAACUCCUAGAGCAGAAUGGCAUGUACCGAGUACACACACCUGAAAAUAUUCCAAAGGAACAGGCGACGUUCAUUUUCACAAGUCAACAGAAAUUAGACAAACCCAAGAAGUUAAUGGUCUUAAUCCAUGGUAGUGGCUAUGUCAGAGCAGGACAGUGGGCUAGGAGUUUGAUUAUCAACAACUCCUUGGAUCACGGCACAGUGCUUCCUUAUAUCAAAAAAGCCCGUGAACUGGGCUAUGACAUAGUAAUCACAAACACAAAUGACAACUAUCGUUUGUCUGAAGAUGGAGCCAUGAAAGUUAUACCUGGACAUAACACUCCCAUUACACAUGCAGCCACUGUCUGGGAGAAGUAUGUUAUGGCAUCAAAUCCAGAGAGUGUGGCCAUAGUCGCCCAUAGCUAUGGAGGCUCUGUUACCUUAGCCCUGGCAAAACAAUUUGAACAAUUUUUCAAGCAUAAAGUGUUCGCUGUUGCUUUGACAGACUCAGCCCACUUCUCUGGAGGUCAGGCGGCUGUAAGAAACCUUCGGCCUAUCACGAGGAAUUUCGUUUCAAGUGAUAAGCCAUUGGGAACGGUUAUAAAAUCACCCAGCGAUGAUCUGCCCCAGGUUUCAGCUGGCCACACAAAGCAUGAAUGGACCUCAUAUUCAGCUAUGUCGGCUGUUUUUGAAUUCAUUGAACAACGCUAUGAGGAGUUUUUGAUUUCUGCUAAAUCAAAAACUGAGUUGUAAGGCGGUCCAAGCAGAAGAAUAUAAUAUACAUAUGAUUUUA